AUGAGUUCUUUUAUUCGAGUUAUUGCUAGAUUUCAAGAAGCUCAACGACUUGGAAAGGAUACUACACAGCUAAUGCAAACAUUAGCAGUAUUUCUUAAUGAUUUUGUUAUCGUUCCAGAGUUUUAUUAUCUUCCAAUUGAUAUUUCAUCACAAUUGAUUCUUGAACAUAAAGGAAAAUUCGCAAAGGAUGUUGCAAUAUACAUUAUUGAAAACUUUGCACGUGUUUACAAACGAAAUUGCUCAUCUUCAGUCGAAGAAAUGAAUCAAGAAAACAAACAAUUCUCUGGAUUAGAUAUUUGCAUGCAGAUCAAGAAAAUCCUUACAUGGCCUGAAGAGAAUCCAGUAAUUUCAGUGAAACCUCCUUUAGAAUCAACAAAUGAAAAUAAAUAUCAUAUUCAAAUGAUAGAAGCAAGCUAUAACCAAAAGCUAGAUGUACUAAGAAAUGAAUAUGAAGAAGAAAUGUUUAGAUUAAAUGCAGUUAAAUGGGAUAUUAAAAACGAAAUCGAUUCUACAGACUACAAAUGCUUUGUUCAGCAAAGAGAUGCAGAAAAAGAGAUAAACAAGCUCUUAGAACAACACAACGCAAAAUUAAAGGAAAUUCAUGAGAAAGAAACAGAAAUUUUGAAUAAAAUUAAAUAUCUCGAGAACCGUAUCAAUAAUCCAAUUACCGAAGAGCAACAACAGCAGAUUCUUAAUGAAUUAAACGCUGAUCAUAAGAAACAAGUCGAACAAAUUACAAAUCAUCUGAAAGAAGAGAUUGAUUACAUCAAAGAACAGUGGAGAAAGAACGAUCCAAAGAGAAAUACACCAGAGUGGCAGAGAGAAGAGGCUCGAAAGAAGAAAGAAGAAUAUGAUGCAAAGAAAGAAGCUCUAAAGAAGGCCAAAGAAGCGGAAAAGGCAAAGAAACUUCUUGAGAAGCAGAAACAAGAAGCGUUCGAGAGAUCUCUCGUUGAAGUUCCUCAAAUUAUUUACGAUAAUUUUGAAUUUCCUGAGAAAAUCAUCAAAGUUCAACCAAUUCAUAAACCUAAGGAACCAUCAAUACCAAGGAAUCCAAAGAAUAUCUUUGAUUGCAUUCUUGCAAACGAUAUUGAAAAAGCAAAGAGUCUUAUUCAACGAAAGCCCGCUAUUGUUAAUGAAUAUGGCGAUGCUCGUACAUUACCACUCCAACAAGCCACAAAAUACGAUAGACCAGAGAUAAUCAAAUUAUUAUUAGACAACGGAGCUGAUAUCAAUGCUAAAGAUGGUCUUGGAAGGACAGCACUCCAUUAUGCAAUUAUCAAUGAAAGCACUUCUCUUGUAGAUCUUCUCAAAACCAAAAAUCCAAGAAAUGAUAUUCCGGAUAGAGAGGGUAAAAAGGCAAUUGAUUUACUUAUGGACCGCAGGGACAGCAAGACAGCGCUAAAAGUAGCCAUUAAAGAGGAUAACAGGCGCGCAAUGGCUGAUAUCUUCAAGAGAUGGCCAGAUAUGGUCAAUAUGAAGCUUUCUGAUGGAACUCAGUUGAUUCAUACUGCAGCAUCUAAGGGAUAUCCUUAUUCAAUUGAACUUCUUUUGCAGUGGGGAGCUGAUAUCGAAGCAAAAGACGACUUUAACUGCACUCCAUUCCAUUACGCAUGCAAGACUCAUCAAGAUGAUGCCAUCCAGUUCCUUUUGGACCAUGGAGCUGAUUAUCAUGCUUUAGAUAACAAUAAGAAGUUGCCUUUUGAUUACUACCAACAAUAA